GCAGCUUCUUCUCAUCCAGCAGACGCUAAACCGAGCAGAUGAGCUUGACUCCACAGUUCCAGAGGAUGACGGACGAAGACUUGAAGGAAUGCAGCAGGUUUGACCUGGAUGGAGGACGUAGGAAGUCACAGAGAGAUUACGUCCAUGGGAAGUGGGGUCUUGUCCUGCUGGUAUCAGCGGCGUUGGUCAUCCUCGUCCUGUUUGUUAUGAUUUUUGUCGUAUAGUCUCAGAACAGGACGUUGACUGAGGUGGUGAAACUGUCUUCUUCUGUAGAGUCUCUGUCCUCUAAGCAACAGAGCACAGAUCAGAGAGUGAUGGCUGCUCUGAAUGAAAUCAAGAAUGAACUGGAGGGCAGCACUGUACAAGCAAUAUCUCAUCACGGGAUGAUGUUUGCAAUGAUUAGACUGUCUUCUUCUGUAGAGUCUCUGUCCUCUAAGCUGAAGAGCACAGAUCAAAGAGUAAUGGAUGCUCUGAGUGAAAUGAAGGCUAUGCUGGAGACCAUGUAUGUCCUAACAGGAGGAUCGACUUGUGAGCCUGGAUGGACUCUUUUUCGCUCCAAGUGUUACCUUUUCUCCGAUGACAAACUGAACUGGCACGAGGCACGAGAUUACUGCAGGUCCCAGAAUGCCUCAUUGGUCAAGCUGGAAACCAAAGAUGAAUGGGCGUUAAUACGGCCUCGGGCUGCCUCGAAUUCCUACUGGAUUGGUCUCACUGAUGAAGACACAGGGCAGUGGAGAUGGGCCGAUGGAACGCCUUACGUCAUGAAUAAAGAUGACUGGUUAGAAGGACAGCCGGACGACUGGAAGGAACAUGGUCUGGGAAAAGAAGGAGAAUUGGACAUAUUGCAACGUAUGGGAAGUUUAACGACGCCCACUGCUCUUCUAUAAUGAACUACAUCUGCAAGGUGUAGAUCACACGGCAUUAAUGACUGAUAUGUUGGAUGUUCAUGAAACAAAAUCAUGUUGUUUAACAUUUUAGCGAAUCAAAACUUUUCUAAACAAAACCACGUUCUUCUAAUUUUCUUUUGCUUUUUCGUACGAUUAAUAAACCUGACUCAUUCUC